UGUAGUCGGGCGAAGAAGCAAAGUAGUGAACCCUAGACGUUGGUGUCCACGAUUUGGAUGCAAACUUGCACCACCAAGUUUCCUUUGACGUAUUUCUAGAAGAUCAUGAUUAUGAAACCUUGUAACUAUCAUAAAUAUUCUGGCUCUUCUAGAAAGUGAGAUUUAAAUUUAGAAUACGCAGUCGUCUUAAACUUCUGGGUGACGUCUUCACACAGCUAUUAAUGCUUAACUCCGAGCAGAACGAUCUAAACACGGAAAAUUUAAUUCACCAGUAAGCAAUUUAAUCGAGGAUUGGGGGCAAAAAAAAAUCUAAAUUCUAGCAGUGAAAAUGAGCAGCCAGAAUUCCACUGCUAUUCCAGUUUCCAUGCCUAGUAUAAAACUGAAGAAAAAACAUAUUCGUGUGAAACAUCAAAAAGUCAAGCUCUUCAGAGCUAGUGAACCAAUUCUUUCAGUAUUUAUGUGGGGUAUUAAUCAUACUAUAAAAGAACUGGUUUAUAUAAAUAUCCCUGUCAUGCUGAUGCCAAAUGAUUUUAAAGCAUACUCCAAAGUUAAAGUUGACAAUCAUCUGUUUAACAAAGAAAACAUGCCCAGUCAUUUUAAAAUCAAGGAAUACUGUCCUCUUGUAUUUCGUAAUCUACGAGAAAGAUUUGCUAUUGAUGAUAGUGAUUAUCGCCAGUCUUUAACAAGAUCACAACCUGUAAUAUCAGACUCACCUGGUCGCAGUGGAGCAAAGUUUUAUAAUUCUAGUGAUGGACUAUUUGUCAUCAAAACAUUGACUAGGGAAGAGGUUGAGCAAAUGCAUUUAUUGCUUAAAGAGUACCACCCCUAUAUUGUUGAGCGACAUGGCAAGACAUUGCUGCCACAGUAUCUCGGCAUGUACCGCCUGACUGUGGAUGGGGUGGAAAACUAUCUAGUCGUCACGAGAAACGUGUUCAGCAACCGUUUGCCCCUACACAGGAAAUACGAUCUUAAAGGGUCGACAGUAGAUCGAGAGGCUUCUGAAAAAGAAAAAGAGAAAGAAUUGCCUACUUUAAAAGACAAUGAUUUUGUCAAAGACGGCACUAAGGUGGUAAUUGGUGAAGAUGCUAGAGAGCGCCUGAUGGAAACCCUUACAGCUGAUGUUGAGUUUCUUAUGAAACUUCAGAUGAUGGACUACUCUUUGCUCCUGGGUGUACAUGAUUGCAAACAAGCGGAACAAGAAAAUAAGGAAAUAUUGGAUCGACCAGAACAAACGGAUUUUGUGCCUGCUGCUGAAGACAGUUAUAAUGAAGAUGAUGAAGAUUCAUGUGGUUCCACAGUAGGAGUAGGGGGAGCUACAGGACCCACUCCGCCGGAUUCUCCUCAAAUGGGACGCGAAAAGGGCAGAGCUGCACGUUCCAUUUCACAGCAAUAUCCCCAUCAGUAUACUGGUAAAAUUAUACCAGAGCUCGAUAUUUACGCCAUCCCGUGCAAAGAAGAUGCACCCAAUCGCGAAAUUUACUUCCUAGCAUUAAUCGACAUUUUGACACAUUAUGGCGUGAAGAAACAAGCCGCAAAAGCAGCCAAAACUGUCAAAUAUGGAUCCCAUGUUGACGGAAUCUCAACCGUCGAGCCCGAUCAGUAUGGUCGCCGUUUUCUAGAUUUUAUGGCUAAAGUUAUUGAAUAGCUUUAUUUUUUGUGGUUUAUUUCUUAGCCAUUGAAAAACGUUGUGUUCCAUUAUUCCUAUUGUGUUGUUCACUUUUUUCUUUUAAAUCUAAUUCUAUCUUCUAAAAUAAUCCGUUAUCUUUUGUUUAUUUCUGCGAAACGCGACCGCGGGCAAAUUUUUGUCUUUACGAUGUUUGAAGGUGGCAUGAAUUCUUUCCAAUUGGAUCAGAAGGCUACGCUAGACCUGCCUAACUUGAGAAACGGUCUGCGUAUUGCUUUUGCAUCAGUCAAUAGAAGUCGCAAGUUGCAUUUUUCGACCUUUUAUCUUUGAGAGCAUAAUAGUCCGCAAAAAACUUUCUGUCGUCAACGUUCAAUUUUCGUUCCUUCUGUAAUUUGUCAGUAGAAACUAAAUGCGUCUGAAUCUGCUUGGAUCUGACUGAUGGCAAAAGUUGUGUGAAAUUUCACGUAGCUGUCCUGUCAAUUUAUACUCAGCUUGUAUAAGAGGGCAAGGUUUGCCUGAUUCUCCUCUUGGUUUUGUAUGUUCCAAAUAAUUUCCGUAGGUUUGUUCACUUCAGUCUCCAACGUGUGUGAUACCGCCGUAUUCUGUCCUAUUUCAUCAUUUUUUGUUGUCUAAAUUGGCACCUCCCUCCAAGCCGGGUUAUGUACUACGGAUAAUGUAACUCGUGAUUGAUGUGUUUCAAUACCAAACCCCAAUAAAAAAUUUUAAAA